AUGCUUUCAGAGGUACAAAUCACAGAAAUCCAGCAGAUUCUUGGUGAAGCCGUAAAUUCUCUAGUCAAACACUUUUACAGUGAAAAACACACCAAAAGCGAGUUGGCCCAUCUUCUUUGUGGUGAACAUGGUCUUGUUAAUGCUAUUGAGCAAGCUUUCCAAUUUGGACGAUAUAGUUCUGUUUGGUCAUUUCGACAGCCAUCUCCAUGGGACUAUGUUGGUAAGAUUUGUUUUCAUUGUGUGCUGGGUAUGAGGUAUUUCCAGCGAUUUACGCUUGAAUGUGAUGAGAAAGUAUGCAGCUGGUUAAUGGAUCUGUUGCGACGUCGAGAGACGAAGUGGUCACGUGAGCAAUGUGAGCUUGUUACACAUGCGCUGAGACUUGUUCAUCGAAUCUCAGAUCGUAACGCUCUUGGAAAGGAUGCUAAAUUCCACGUUUUCAUCCUUUUAACAAUGUUUAUUCGCUUACUUAGCGACUCAUCGUAUUCGUCUUCCAGAGAUCACAUGCUGUCCGGCUUUUUGCAAGUGAUGGCGUGGACACCAGUAACAAUACAACUGUAUGACGAGCCCUCCUUUCUCCGUACACCGUCGCACUUAACAUAUCUGUCAAGACUGCUCGACUCAUUAAAUGAGUUCAACUUCAACCUUGACCCUUCCCUAACAUACGGCCUUGUGUGA